AUGGCCGCAUUAGACAAUACCACAGCCUCCGGCUCGACGGGUGAAGAGCCUGAGAAGGUUCACGUUAAAUGGUAUCGCUCUUCCUUUUAUAAUGCGACCAUCCUGGGUAUCUGCAGCUUCGCUGCCCCAGGGCUAUGGGGCGCGAUGAACUCCCUGGGUGCGGGCGGUGCUCAGAAGCCCUACCUUGUCAACGCAGCUAAUGCCCUGACGUUCUGCCUGAUGAUUAUCUCAUGCUGGUUCACAAGCGGUAUCGUCAAGUACGUUGGCAUCAAGGGCGCCCUAAUCAUCGGAACCAUUGGAUAUGCACCUUAUAGUGCCGGCCUCUAUACGAACAACCGCUUCGGGACUGAGUGGCUUGUCCUCUUCGGCGCUGCGUGCUGCGGUAUCUCGGCCGGAAUCUUCUGGGCUGCAGAGGCAGCUAUCGCUAUCGGCUAUCCGGAGCCAAAGAACAGGGGAAGGCUGGUGGCUUACUGGCUAUCGUGGACGCGACUUGGGCAAAUUCUUGGUGGCGCUAUUAACCUUGGCCUGAAUGCAGACCGGAAUGAAAGUGGGAAGGUUUCAUACAAAGUUUACCUCAUUUUCAUAGCUCUUCAGUCGCUGGGCCCCUUUGUCGCUCUGUUGCUCAAUCGUCCGUCUAAGGUCCAGCGCUCCGAUGGCAAGCCUGUUGAUUUGUCUAUUCUCGACCGUCCUUGGCAAGAGUUCAAAUCAACCACGAGAACCUUCCUUAGAAAAGAUUUCCUUCUGCUCGUCCUCUGGAUUGGGCAGGGGGUUUAUUCCGAGUCAGUCUUCUUCAGCUACAUUGCCCUUUGGUUCAGCGUGCGAGCUAGGGCUUUGGGUUCGUUCAUAUCAGGAAUUGUAGCUGUUAUUGCAGGAAACCUGCUCGGUUUGUGGCUCGACCAGAACGAAAUUGACUUGAAGAAACGGGCGCGAUACGCCUUUGGAGUCAUCAUGACGUUGCAGGGAGCUUGGUGGAUUUGGUUGACUAUCAAUGUCACUGAAUUCAACCGCACCCAGCCAACUUAUGACUGGAGUGAUCCAAGCUUUGGUCGUGCUUUCGGCGUAUUUAUCUUCCUCGUCGCAGGGUUCCAGCUCAACUACAACUUUGCCUUCUUCCUGAUUGGUCGGCUAUCCUCCAGCUCACAAGAAACAAUCCGACUUUCAGCUCUCCUGAGAGGCACCGAGUCCGCUUGGCAAGCGCUCAGUUAUGGCCUUGGCUCCAUCCCGAUAUUCGCCAGUAUUGGUGGCACUUACCUGAACUUUGGCCUGUGGGGGUUGUCACUGAUUCCGGCGUGGCUCGUCAUCCGGACAAUCGGCACAUCUAAUAGCGGCAAUCGGGAUGAAGAGGAUAUUUCUGAUUCCCAGACAGUGACCGUGAAGGAUAAGGUCGAAUCGAGCGAUUGA